AUGAGUAAACCGGAAAGUGUUAAAGGCGAAGAGUGCGUAAAUUAUGAAGGUAAUGUUGUUACUGCUAAAUCUGUUGGAGACCCAUGUAACUGCAGGUUCAAAUGCUUGGAAAAGAUUACUAAUGAGCAGCAGCUAGAGGCAUUUGAAAGAUUUUAUAAUAUAGCUACAAAGGACGAACAGGACUUGUAUUUACAGGGACUUGUUCAUGUUUCUAGUAUCAAAACUCGCCGCCCACGAGUACAACAAUUUAGGGAGAACAACAAACGUAACAGUAGUUUUAAAUAUUACGUACUGAUUGCAACUGAAAGAAAAAUGAUUUGUAAAAAGUCAUUCUUAUCUGUUUAUCUCAUCAGUAAUAAAAGAUUACAAAGUAUUCAGCAGUUGUUACAAGCAGGAGUUACGCCUACAGAUAAAAGAGGAAAACAAGAAUAUUUCAACAAAGCAAGAGUAUUUAAAGGGACCUUCAAGACCAUACAGAAUGAAUUAUUGGAGUGCAUGCUUGGCCCUUACCUUGGAAAAGGUGAUAAAGAAAAAAGUAAUUAUGUAGCUGUAAUUGCCGACUAA